GUUUUAGCGCCGGGCACAAAUUGGAUAUUAUUACAGACCCGACUACCGGUUUCAAAGGACUAACUAACCGCCACUAUGGGUUCAACAGUCAACAUCCUCCCAAAACCCUAACCUCCGAUUUUUGAUCUUCACAACUCAAUACUCGAAUCCCUAUCCAGACAUUAUGUCAAUCUAAAAUCGAACAUAAAAAAAGGAGAAACCCCAAUCAUUUCCCUUGCAAUGACCAAAGUAUACGGCACAGGCGCGUACGAUUUCAAGCGCCACCGGGUUGCGGAGUACCCGGUCGAGUUGCAAACUCAACUUAGCGACAAGCCAGUUGAGUCCAAACCUGGUUCGACACUCCCUAGCUCGAUAACCCUAUCGGAGAUUCAACGCGACCGGUUAACCAAGAUUGCUGCAGAAAAUUGGCUAAAGACUGGUGGCACGGAAUCCGAUGGGACCAAGAAGAAAGAGUUCGAUCCUGAGCUGGUGAAGCAAAUAUACGAGACGGAGUUGAAGGUUAAGGAGGGAAGAAAGACUGUGCCAUUGCAGAGAGUGAUGAUUUUGGAGGUUAGUCAGUAUUUGGAGAACUAUCUCUGGCCGAAUUUUGACCCGGAAACUGCUACAUUUGAGCAUGUUAUGUCCAUGAUUCUCAUGAUCAACGAGAAGUUUCGAGAAAAUGUGGCAGCUUGGUUAUGCUUUUAUGAUCGGAAAGACGUCUUCAAGGGAUUCUUGGAGAGGGUUCUUCAGCUGAAGGAGGGCAGAGAGUUGAGUAUAUCAGAGAAGACAAAUUACCUAGUUUUUAUGAUUAAUGCCUUCCAGAGUUUGGAAGAUGAAAUCGUCAGUGAGACAGUCCUGAAAUUAGGAAGCUUACAGUCAUGGCACUGUCUAUCAUAUGGUCGAUUUCAGAUGGAGCUUUGUCUUAAUCCAGAGUUGAUCAAGAAAUGGAAAAGGAUGGUGAAGAGAGAGAUUAAGGAGGCGAUGAAAGGAGGACAACCUUUUGAUCCUUCAACUUCUCUUGAAGUGAAGUUCUUGAGAAAUCUGAUUGAAGAGUUUCUUGAUGUGCUUGAUUUCCAGAUUUUUCCUCAAAAAAGUUCUAUUAAUGGCGAUGGACUUGCUAGUGGUUUUGAGGAAGUUGAUGAUUCAGCAGUCUUGUACUGUGAGAGGUUCAUGGAAUUUCUCAUUGAUCUGUUGAGCCAACUGCCAACAAGGAGGUACCUGAGGCCUCUCGUGGCUGAUGUAGCUGUUGUUGCAAAAUGCCAUUUAAGUGCCCUUUACAAACAUGAAAAAGGGAAGCUAUUUGCACAACUGGUUGACUUACUCCAGUUCUAUGAGAGGUUUGAGAUCAAUGAUCAUAGUGGGACACAAUUGACAGAUGAUGAAGUGCUCCAAUCUCAUUAUGAUCGUUUCCAAGCUUUCCAGCUUCUUGCCUUUAAGAAGAUUCCCAAGUUGCGAGAACUUGCAUUAUCUAAUAUUGGUGCAAUUCACAAGCGAGCUGAUCUCUCCAAGAAAUUGUCUGUGCUCUCUCCUGAAGAGUUGAAGGACUUGGUUUGUUGCAAGCUCAAACUGGCUUCUGACAAAGAUCCCUGGUCUGAAAGAGUUGAUUUUCUUAUUGAAGUCAUGGUCUCAUUCUUUGAAAAACAACAGUCUCAAAAGGAAGCUAUAAAUGCACUUCCACUUUAUCCAAAUGAGCAAAUCAUGUGGGAUGAAAGCCUUGUACCAAGCAUCAAUUACUCCGGAGAAGGUUGUCUGGCACUUCCAAAACUUAAUUUGCAAUUUCUAACACUCCAUGAUUAUCUUCUACGAAACUUCAAUCUCUUUCGGCUUGAAUCAACAUAUGAGAUUCGUGAGGAUAUUCAAGAAGCUGUUCCACAUCUCCUUGCCUAUAUAAAUAAUGAAGGAGAAACAGCAUUUCGUGGUUGGUCAAGAAUGGCUGUGCCAAUAAAAGAGUUUAAGAUUGCUGAGGUAAAACAACCAAAUAUAGGUGAAGUCAAGCCAUCAUCUGUUACAGCUGAAGUUACUUUUAGCAUUUCCAGUUAUAAAUCACAAAUAAGAUCAGAGUGGAAUGCCCUUAAGGAGCAUGAUGUGUUGUUUUUACUCUCAAUACGACCUUCGUUUGAGCCUCUUAGUGCUGAAGAAGCUGGAAAGGCCACUGUGCCGCAGAGGCUUGGUCUCCAGUAUGUACGGGGGUGUGAAAUUAUUGAGAUUCGUGACGAGGAGGGAACACUCAUGAAUGAUUUUACUGGAAGAAUUAAACGGGAUGAGUGGAAACCUCCAAAAGGUGAACUGAGAACUGUUACAGUUGCUUUAGAUACAGCACAAUAUCACAUGGAUGUCACUGAUAUUGCGGAGAAAGGUGCAGAAGAUGUAUAUGGGACAUUUAAUGUGUUAAUGAGAAGGAAACCUAAGGAGAAUAACUUCAAAGCAAUUUUAGAAUCCAUAAGAGAUCUCAUGAAUGAAUACUGUAUUGUUCCUGACUGGCUGCACAACAUAUUUCUGGGCUAUGGGAAUCCUUCUGCAGCACAGUGGACCAAUAUGCCUGAUCUUCUUGAAACAGUAGAUUUCAAAGAUACUUUCCUUAAUGCAGACCAUUUAAAGGAGAGUUUUCCAGAUUACCAGGUUUGUUUUGUGAAUCCAGAUGGUUCAGAAAGCUUGCAUCCAAGACCUCCCUUUCGAAUUAGAUUUCCUAGGAUGCUGAAAGGCAAUAGUCAUGCACUUCCAGGGAAUAAGAAAUUAAAUAUUGAUUCGGUGAAUGAUGUCGACAUGGAUGGAGGUGAGAAAGAAAAACUUAUUGUGGAGGCAUACAUUCCUCCUGACCCUGGGCCUUAUCCUCAAGAUCAGCCAAAACAGAACUCAGUCAGAUUUACGUCCACACAGGUUGGAGCAAUCAUAUCUGGUAUCCAGCCAGGGCUGAGUAUGGUUGUUGGACCGCCUGGUACAGGGAAGACUGAUACAGCUGUGCAAAUCUUGAAUGUUCUGUAUCAUAAUUGUCCUUCUCAAAGAACAUUAAUAAUAACCCAUUCAAAUCAGGCGUUAAAUGACCUCUUUGAGAAGAUAAUGCAGAGAGAUGUACCUGCACGCUACCUUCUUCGAUUGGGUCAAGGUGAACAAGAGCUAGCAACUGAUCUUGACUUCAGCCGGCAAGGUCGUGUCAAUGCAAUGCUUGUUAGACGAUUAGAAUUGCUUGGUGAAGUGGAAAGGCUUGCAAGAUCUCUCCAGCUUCCUGAGGAUGUUGGGUACACAUGUGAGACCGCUGGAUAUUUUUGGUUACUUCAUGUGUACUCGCGCUGGGAACUAUUCCUGGCUGCUUGUGCCGAUAAUGAAGAUAAACCAACAUUUGUUCAGGACCGCUUUCCAUUUAAGGAGUUCUUUUCCAAUACGCCUCAGCCAGUUUUUACUGGUCAGUCAUUUGAGAAAGACAUGCGGGCAGCUAAGGGGUGCUUUCGUCAUCUCCAGACUAUGUUCCAAGAACUAGAAGAGUGUAGGGCAUUCGAAUUGCUCAAAUCAACAGCUGAUCGAGCAAAUUAUCUUAUGACCAAGCAAGCAAAGAUAGUGGCAAUGACCUGCACUCAUGCAGCUCUUAAAAGGAAGGAUUUUCUUCAGUUAGGUUUCAAGUAUGACAACUUGUUGAUGGAAGAAAGUGCCCAAAUUUUGGAGAUUGAAACUUUUAUUCCAAUGUUGCUUCAGAGGCAGGAGGAUGGCUAUGCACGGCUAAAACGGUGCAUUCUUAUUGGAGAUCAUCACCAGUUACCUCCUGUUGUGAAGAACAUGGCAUUUCAGAAGUACAGCCACAUGGAUCAGAGCUUAUUUACCAGGUUUGUUCGUCUGGGCAUUCCUUAUAUUGAGCUCAAUGCCCAGGGUAGAGCCAGGCCAAGUAUAGCCAGACUCUAUAAUUGGAGGUACCGAGAUCUGGGAGACCUUCCCUAUGUGAAGGAGGCAGCCAUCUUCCACAAAGCUAAUGCUGGAUUCUCUUAUGAAUAUCAGUUGGUGGAUGUGCCUGAUUACCACGGCAGAGGUGAGACUGCUCCUUCUCCUUGGUUCUACCAGAAUGAGGGAGAGGCUGAAUAUGUUGUCAGUGUCUACAUCUACAUGCGUUUAUUAGGAUAUCCUGCAAACAAGAUUUCCAUCUUGACAACUUACAAUGGCCAGAAACUUCUGAUUCGUGAUGUUAUCAACAGGCGAUGUGUUCCAUAUGAUUUCAUUGGUCCACCUAGUAAGGUUACAACAGUUGAUAAAUUUCAAGGGCAGCAGAAUGAUUUUAUUUUACUUUCUCUUGUACGUACUCGCUUUGUGGGUCACCUUCGUGAUGUUAGAAGAUUGGUUGUUGCCAUGUCUCGUGCCAGACUUGGCCUUUAUGUGUUCUGUCGACGUUCUCUAUUUGAACAAUGCUAUGAAUUACAACCUACAUUUCAACUUCUGCUUCAGAGACCUGACCGCCUUGCGCUAAACUUGCAUGAGAUUUCUCCAUAUACAGAACGCCAUGUUGAAGAUAUUGGGUACCCGUAUGUUGUCAGCAGUAUUGAGGAAAUGGGACACAUUGUAAUUGAUAAAAUGAAUCAAUUGCAUCAGGCGAGGGUAAACUAUCAGUUUGAGCAGCAUAUGACUUAUUCAUCCAAUAUAUCUGCACCUGCAAAUGGUGAAGCGGAUGACACACUGCAUAAAAGUGAACCAGAGGAAGCUAAAGAGAUGGACGGCAUUGAAAGCGGUGAAAAUGGGGAUUUGCCUCUUCAGAGCCAAGUGGAUGGGGAAAAAGAUACCAAAAAUGGUCUCAAUGGUGAAAGUGGCGAGCUUCCUGAAAGUACAAAUGAGGCGACACGGAUGGAGGAAUAAUCUAAUUUUUAAUUUGGGUGCCUGAGAGUUGAAUAUUUUUCUCUAAUGGCAGGGUACUUUGAAUGUUAAAUGUAGCUGAGGUCUUCACAUGUGCAAUGAUAGUACCUCACCACAUGAUCAUAUCCUAUGGCAAAGAAAUACAGAAGUUGUAGCACGUGUUUCAUCUGUAUAUUCUGAAUCGUCGAUGUAUUAAUGGAGAAAAUUUUACCAUCCAGAGGAAAGUUUUGCUAAUCUUGUUCCUAAUUUUGUAAUUGUAGUCGAAUGCUACAUUGUUCAAGUGUUAUUUAUAAAUGUUGUUCCUUUUCCUACAUCUCCCA